AUGGGCCCCGAGCAAAAUGAUGCACCUUUGAGCCCGACCGCCGGGCCGGAUAUCAAUUCUCGGUUCCAGGCUGGUAUGAGGGAUAGCAGGGCAAAAAUUGCCUGUCAACACUGCAGAUGGACCGGGUCGAAUUUGCCGCGGCAUAUGGCUGAAGAGCACGGGAAUCCCGUGAUAAGGCAGGAAGGCACUGAUGAUCUGAAGACUUUCAAUAUACCUGCUGCUGCUGCUGCUGCUGCUCCCGCCUCGUUUGGGCCGGCGCCUCAGGCACAAGCGGAAGAUUCUAUGCAGAUAGAUGAAACUUCUGCUGUUUCUUCGACUACCCCUGCUACAGCCCCUACGGCUAGGCCACCUAGGCGCAAACCUGUAGCUAGUGGUGGGCGUCGUGUCGACUCAGUAGACCCGGAUUUCGUCCGAAGUCCUCGUCGGGGAGGUUCCCAGGUCGCUGGUGGUGGGCGGCUUUAUGACCCAAGGAGUGAUUCGAUCAAGCCUUCGGCUCAAUCAUCAUCCCGACCUACUCAAGCCCAAAGGGCUCAAGUUGCUUCACCGAGUUCACCUCGGACAGCUCCAAGGCCAUCCAAUCAGACCUCAAGAAAUCCAGUACCUCCUACAGGUCCUAAUGCCCUUAUUAUAAAGAAGCAACCUGUUGAUGCUCCUGCCCCUGCUAUUACUACCACUACUACUACUCGAUCACCUCCACCUCAAGGCUCUACAUCUCUCCCUUCGCUUCCUAUUGUCCAAAAUUCUUCUGAUGCAGAUGAGUCUGAGCCUCAACAACCUACAGAAUUAAUUCUUCAACCAGAAACACGGCCUAUCUCCCAGGAGCAGUUAGUUGCAGAAGUUAAAGGCAUUUAUGCCGGCCUUGUAAUGGUUGAAGCCAAAUGUAUCGAAGUCGACUCAAAGCAAGCCGCCGCAGCUACUCAAGGCAUCAAGCAAGUACCUCCACUCAACAAUGAUCAAUGGCAAGCCUUGAUUGCUUUGCACCGAACACUUUUACAUGAACAUCAUGAUUUUUUCCUGGCCAGCCAGCACCCUUCAGCUGCGCCGUCUUUGAGGAAACUCGCUACUAAGUAUGCUAUGCCAGCACGUAUGUGGCGUCAUGGCAUUCAUAGCUUUCUAGAACUGUUGAGGCACCGUCUCCCAGAAAGCUUUGAACAUAUGUUGGCGUUCAUAUAUCUUGCCUACUCCAUGAUGGCCCUCUUGUAUGAGACCGUUCCUGCAUUUGCGGACACAUGGGUAGAAUGUUUGGGGGAUCUUGGACGUUAUCGCAUGGCUAUCGAAGAAGGAGAUCCUCGUGACCGUGAGGUUUGGAUGCACGUCUCCAGGUUUUGGUACUCUAAGGGUACUGACCGACAACCUCACGUUGGACGUCUCUAUCACCACCUAGCAAUUCUCGCCCGCCCGAAUAUUCUCCAACAAUUAUUUUUUUAUUGCAAAGCUUUGGCAGUAGCUCAGCCAUUCUCUGCUGCUCGCGAGAGCAUUUUAACCCUAUUCGACCCUACAGCGCUUAAGGAACAAGAUGUCGAAGGAAAUCAAUCCGCUGAUGCAGUUUUUGUCCUCUUACACUCCAUUUGUUUUACCGUAGUCAACCAAGAUGCCUUUGCCGAGAAGAAAGAUGAAUAUUUGGAACUACUUGACAAGAAGAUCUCUCUUUCAAAGCUCAAAUUCAAGGUUCCUGGCGUGUAUAUUGCGAUCUGUGGGAUUGCCAGUUUGUUUCAAUACAACCUCAAAGACGGAAGGAUGAAAUUGGCUACAACUGCCAAAGAAAACCAGAAGGCUACCGCUGAUGCCGAAGCAGCCUAUAAAAACACCAUCCAGAAUAACCCGGAGAAGGAGAAUCUUCUUCCACCCGGCCCCGUCAUCGAUGGCUAUAAUCCUAAAGAUGCUUUACUUACCCAACCUCCAGAUCUAGAUCCUUCUGUUUCUUUCGACAUUUCUCUUACUCACGCGCAGGAACUUGCUUUCGACAUCCUCUCUCUUUUCUUCGACCGUGACAACGAUGCAGCAGUCCAACCGCAUAUACACGUCUGGCUUGUUUUCCUUGAUUACCUUAAGCAUUAUCCUGAGGGGAUGGCGUUGGUCGUUAAGACCUUCCCUUGGGAAAAAUUGGCGGAGUACGGAACUGCCCUCCUUAAGAAAAACAAAAAUAACGAGUCCAUUCUUGAAAAAAUCCAAGCUAGUGGCACAUUCCCAGUUGCUCAAAAGGGUAUCCGGCCACUUCCAGAGGAAUAUAUGAUGCGUGGACUUGAGAGCGCCAGACGCUACUUCCCAUACGGUUACUUCAGCAAAAUGGUAGAUGAUGAUGAACGGCUGAUCGAGCUCCCGUCGAUGGGUGCCGUCCGUGAGGAAAAAAUGCUUUGGCUUAUGGUUAGGUUUGCAAACUAUGGUCCAUGGAUUCAAUUUGACCCCGUUAGAUGCAGCUUCAGUGUUUCCAAUGGGUUAAAGGCUCUCUUGCAUAAUUAUACUGCUCAGCCAACUGAUACAUAUGAACCUUCAUCUAUCAUGGAGGAAGAUGACUCUGAUGUUGAGAUGGAUAUGAGUUCUGCAACUAUGGCUGACGACGAGGAAGAGAGCUUCGACGAAAUUGAAAAUCCAGAGCUUACUCAGCUCCUUGCUCAAAGACGAGAACUCAGAAAACAGUUGAAUGAUCCAAUUCCUACCGUCGAGCAAGAGAAAAAAGCCAAGAAAUCCGACACCUUCUCCUCCGAAUCCUUUAAACCAGAUGUCACUACUGUAGUCGUGGACACGAACAGUUUGGUUAAGUACCUUGAUAUCUUCAAAAAAAUGCUCGAGGGGAAUCAAUGGUCAAUUGUUCUGCCAUACUCAGUGGUCACAGAACUCCAAGGCCUCCAACGCAAUGAAGGCAAAAUUUCCGAAACCUCGCAACAAGCCCUCACUCUAAUCAACCAAGCUUUGGUCGAAAAACGCAAACUACGUGUUGUUACCGCCAAACAAUCCGCCAUCACCAAUGUUAGUAGCCAGUUCAAAGAACUAAUCGACGACUAUAGCGAAGAAGGUCGUAAGAAUUUGGAUGAUAUUAUCAUUGAAACCGCGAAAGCCCAAGGGGAGAUCUCGGCCAAGAGAUUUAACCCAAAUGACGCCAACAAUGAGCUUCGACCGGUGGUACUGAUAACUGAUGACGCGGUUAUGAGGGUUAAGGCAAUUACUCGAGGAGUCGCAUCCGUUGGCACCAAGCAAUGGGUCAAAUAUAUAUCCCCACCAGACGCAGAUACUCAACGACGAAUUGCAAAUACCUAUCUUAGUCUGGUAAUGAAGCACCCACGGCUUGAUAAAGACCGUGUUUAUAAGGCUGCACAAGAAGCUAGGGGGGACGAAAGCGGAGCGACGAGUCUUUUACGCAGGGAUAUGAGUAUGAAGAAAAGGCGGGCUCGAGCACAAAUGGAGCGGUAUAGACAGCACGGGGUACCGUGCUAA